UCAGAUCAGACUGUUCUUCGUCAUUAUAAUUAUAUUAUACUUGAAAAUGAGUUCAAGUGAUAAUUGGUAUUACUCAUCAUCUGAUCAAACAUAUCCUUAUUUUAAUCAUGAUAAUAUUAUGAGCAUUAACACCCAAUUAUUCCCUUCUUCUGCUCCUAUUUUCUCUGAUAAUAUUACUUCCUCUGAACCUCAAUCUUAUUCGCACCAUCAUGCUCUUCCGGAUCUUGACAUAGAGACAGUCGAAAAAGGUGAAAGCAGUAAGCUUGGUUUGAAGCUAACAAAAACACCAUCACUGAUGAAUUUAUUUAGUAAGAGUAGUAGUAGCAUCAGUAAUACUAAUGUAUCAAAUGAUCGGUUCGGAUCUCCAGAAAAGCUCAAGGCAGUUAACUUCCAUGCUUUGUCUCUGCAAAUUGGCUCUUGGAUGAGAGAAUCAAGGCAUGAAGGAGAUUUGGUAGCAAAGUGUUACUUCAAAAAAAGGCAACUAGUUUGGGAAGUUCUAAAUGGGAACCUCAAGAACAAGAUUGAGUUUUCAUGGUCCAAUAUUUCAGCCAUUAAAGCUAAUUUUCACACUAAUGGGCCUGGUGUUCUUCAUAUCUUGUUGGAAAAACCUCCGUUGUUCUACCAAGAAGUUAACCCACAACCUCGGAAGCAUACUAAUUGGGAACAAUCUGGGGAUUUCACUAAUCAACAAGCUUCCUUGAUAAGGAAACACAGGAUAACAUUUGGGCCAGGAGUGUUGGAGAAGCAUUAUAACAAAAUAAUACAGGCCGAUUCCAAGCUGCAUCACUUGAGUGAACAACCUUUCCCAGAUCAAGCUUCCAUCUACUUCCCUGAAAUUCAUUUUUCCAACCAAUUCUGUUUCCAAAAUCUUGCUCCCACUCUGCCUACACAAUUUCCAGGCCAUAGUAUGAGCUACUCAGAAAACUAUUUCCCUACAAGUGGAAAUGAAGCAAUUAAUGAAGAUGUUUCAACGGUUAAUUAUGAUUAUCAACAAUAUUAUGUGGAUAAUCAAUCGUACUCCAACGUAACAAGUGUUCCAAUACCAAUGUCAACAAAUGCAGGAAUUGAAACGACGACGUUAGGCUAUGAAGAUGAUUAUAUACAACAGCAGAUGGCAGCAAUGAUCAGUACUGGUCUUCCUUCCCACCAAUUAAGUUAUGAUUAUCAAAAUCAGCAUAGUUAUGAUGUAGCAGGAAAUCAAUGGCUAUGAUUUCAUUAUCUUCUUAGGAUCGAUCACUGUUAAUUUUCAUGUAAAUAAUUUGGUGAAGCCAAGAAAAUAUUUUAGCUUAAUUCCCAACUUCAAUGAGUUCAUUAGUGUAUGAAGUUGUAUAUUGUAUGUUGUUGGGUUUCAUUCAAUGAAUGGCACUGUUAUCAUUUGGUCUGUUUGGUAAUCAAUAUUAAAUGGUAAAAAUA